AUGGCGGAGGCAGCUGGGUGCCAGAUUUUGGGGCUGCUAGAUUGGAGUUGUACAGAUGUUCUGUGCUGCAUAAUCUUCAUACUGUGCAUUAUUGGCUACAUUAUUUUAGGACUUUUGGCCUGGGUACAUGGCGACCCCAGGAGAGUGGCCUACCCUACAGACAGCAAGGGCCACUUUUGUGGCCAGAAGGGCACCCCCAAUGAGAACAAGACCAUAUUGUUUUACUUUAACUUAUUCAGCUGUACCAGUCCCUCCGUGGUGAUAAACCUACAGUGCCCUACCACACAGAUCUGUGUCUCCAAGUGCCCAGAAAAAUUUUUAACCUACAUGGAAAUACAAUUUACGUACAGAACAAACAAAAACUAUUGGACGUACUACAGCCAGUUCUGCAAGUCCACUUUUGUUAAGCCUGCAAAGACUCUCACACAAGUUUUACUGGAUGAUGAUUGUCCAAUAGCGAUUUUUCCAAGUAAACCAUUUCUCCAGAGAUGUUUCCCUGACUUCUCUACUAAAAAUGGCACUCUGACAGUAGGAAAUAAGACGACAUUUGAAGAUGGAAGUGGAAAGACAAGAAAUGCUAUAGAACUCAGGGCAGCUGCAAACCGUGUCAAUAAAAUACUUGAUGCAAGGACAAUUGGAAUGAAAAUAUUUGAAGACUAUGCAACAACUUGGUAUUGGAUUCUCCUUGGCCUGAUUAUCGCCAUGUUCCUUAGUUGGAUGUUUGUGAUACUCCUGAGAUACAUAGCUGGAUUACUCUUCUGGGUCUUCAUGGUGGGUGUGAUUGGAAUUAUAGGUUAUGGAAUAGGCCACUGUUACCAGGAAUACUGCAAUCUUCAGGGACAGCCAAAUUCUCAUCUAACUGUAUAUGACAUCGGGAUUCAGACUGAUAUAAGCAUGUACUUUCAACUGAAACAAACAUGGUUCACGUUUAUGGUAAUACUCUGCCUUCUUGAAGUGUUUAUCAUCCUCAUGCUGAUCUUCCUCAGGGAACGAAUCCGCAUCUCCAUUGCCCUGCUGAAGGAAGGGAGCAAAGCCAUUGGAUAUAUCCCUACUACAUUAGUUUAUCCACUUUUAACUUUCAUUUUCCUCUCCAUCUGUAUUUCCUACUGGGCGGUGAUAGCAGUUUACUUGGCUACAUCAGGGGUACCUGUAUACAAAGUCAUAACCCCAGAAGGGCAAUGUAAACAUGAAAAUACAACCUGUGACCCAGAGAUUUUUAAUACAACUGAAAUUGCCAAAGCUUGCCCUGGGGCUCAGUGUAACUUUGCUUUCUAUGGUGGAAAGAGCCUGUAUCAUCAGUACAUCCCUACCUUCCAGAUAUUCAAUCUAUUUGUCUUUCUCUGGCUUAUAAACUUCGUCAUUGCACUGGGUCAGUGUGCCCUUGCUGGUGCCUUUGCUUCUUAUUACUGGGCCUUGAAAAAACCUGAUGAUAUCCCACCAUAUCCACUUUUUACUGCAUUUGGACGAGCCAUACGAUAUCACACAGGAUCCCUAGCAUUUGGAUCUUUAAUUCUUGCAUCAAUUCAAAUAUUUAGAAUAGUCUUAGAAUACUUAGACCGCCAUCUUAAAGAGGCCCAGAACAACAUUUCUAAAUUUCUACAAUGCUGCCUGAAAUGCUGUUUCUGGUGUUUGGAAACAGUGGUAAAGUUUUUGAACAGAAAUGCCUAUAUUAUGAUUGCAAUAUAUGGCAAAAACUUCUGCAAGUCAGCAAGAGAGGCUUUCAAUCUGCUGAUGAGAAAUGUUUUAAAAGUUGCAGUUAUGGAUAACGUUACAGACUUUGUACUAAUCCUGGGGAAAAUUCUAGUUACUGGAUGUAUAGGUGUGCUGGCCUUCUUACUCUUCACACAAAGAUUGCCAACGAUUAUAGAAGGACCAACAUCUUUAAAUUACUACUGGGUACCUUUGCUGACAGUCAUUAUUGGAUCUUACCUAGUUGCACAUGGGUUCUUCAGCGUCUAUGCAAUGUGUGUUGAUACAAUUUUCAUCUGCUUCUUGGAAGAUAUGGAAAGAAACGAUGGUUCUACUGAAAGGCCCUAUUACAUGAGUCAGUCUCUCCUGAAGAUUCUGAACGAGCCAAGUAUGCAAACUAAGAAGCCUUAGAAGUGCAAACUGUGGUCAUCGUGCAGCGGUGUGUUACCAAAUCUUCAUCUGCUGUGUCUGCACAACGCUAGCUUCAUAAGUGCUUUGUGUUGGGAACACUGUAUUCAUGACCUUGUUGGCUUUUAUUUGCAUGUUUAAUACCAAAGCUUAUACUGUAAUAUGUGAAGCCAUCUGAAGUCGCAAGGGAAUUGUUAAUAACAUGGUACAUUUUUAUACUAAGAUCUUCUGUUUUGUAAUUCAUUUUUAAAUAGAGUGGCUUGGAUGUUUUGAAAACACCAGUGAAUAUGUUCAUAUUCUUUUAAAUACUGGAUUGAAAAAUGAUACAUUAUUUGAAUUGAUAGCUCCUAAUAUAUUUUUUAAAUUGCAACUAAAAGACUUCUGCAGGGAAAAUUGGUAAACAAACUGAAAGAGAAAAUUUUAAAGUUUUCCCAACUCCCGUUUGACAGUAAAUUGGUAAAAGGACUGCCUGCUCCAGAUUUUGCUCUAAGUAUAGAAUGUUUCCUAUUAAACAAAUUGCCAACCAUCCAGCCUUUACUACUUCGUCCUCUCUGACAAAGUGCCUUACUGGCUGUUUAAUAUUACCCAGCUUUUGUGGGCAAGUUUACAAACAUCGUUUAAACACACACACACACACACACACACACACACACACACACAAAACCUGCAAUGUUUAGUGAUUGAAACAAGUCUUCUUGCAUUUGUUUCCCUCUUAGCUCACUGACUGGAAACCACUUGUCAUUUCAGUAUGUUUGAGAUCCUAGUGACUAUGUAGAGUACGUUUUGCAGCAUAAACAAUUUCCCUUGCGCCUAGUGGACAUUCACAAAUGUGUACUACACGCAAGAAAAAAAAACUGAAAGGAUGCUUGUUGAUCUUUUUUUUUUUUUACACUAAAAGUGAGAAGUUUAAAAAUCUAAUCUUUUCUAUAGUAGAUCUUUGAAAAUACAAUAGGUGUAAGACUACAUUUCUCAGUGUUUUAUACAGUUUGGAAAGGGACACUUUGAAAAAUUACAAAGGGAAACUCUACCCCUGCAAAGGGUGCUCAUAGCUGUCAUGUACUGAAUUAGCUCUGUUUUGAAUGAUUAUUAUCAUCAAGGAGUGUUCUAUGUAUUUUAUUUCAUUUUCUAACUUUUGAUAUGAAAUAAUCAGUUUAUUUAUAAUGUUAACUUUUAUUGUGCUAAUAUAAACAGAACAUAAUUUGUAAUUAAAUUUUAAAUAAUUUUACUAGUACUACUAACUUGAAAGAAAAUGAAUUCAGUUUGUUACUCAGUGUUAAAGUAUUUACCCCAAGGGAAUGUCCAUCAAAUAUGAUAAUUUGUGAAAGCUUUGAGAAUCAACAGUAAGUUACUGUCAGCUUAUCUAUGAUCACAUUUGUUUGAAUGUGACUUUAGAUAUUCUUUUAUGCCAAAAAAACUCACAUGAGCACAUGACAGUCUGAGCUCUAUAAUCAUUGUGCUUCUGCUGUGCAGAAAUAUUAGGAACAUAUUGUCUAAAUAUCUUUGAUAACUAAAAUGUUUAAUAUUUAAUGAAAU